AUGAGACCAGGAUCAGAGGCUUUUGUAGAGAGUUUCUUGAAGAUGAGCUGGUUGGACGAACACUUCACUCAUAUUGCCAUGCAUAAUCAGACUCCACUGCAGAUCACUCGGUUUGCUAGGGCAUAUAUAUUGAGGCUUAUUGGAGGGUUCAUGCUUCCUGAUCACUCUAGCAGUAGGAUAUCUGUGAGGUACUUGCCUUUGCUUGAAGAUUUUGAGUUGACCGGUCAAUAUAAUUGGGGUUCUGCAGUUCUAGGUUAUUUGUACCGAGAGCUAUGCAUGGCCACCAACAUUGAUCGUGUUGCUAUUGGAGGACUGACCGCGUUAAUUGUGAUUUGGGCUUGGGAUAGAUUUCUCCAUAUAGCACCUAUCAAUCCUCCCUAUAGUCGUCCUUAUCUUCCGUACGGUGUUAGAUGGUUAUCCCACGGUAUCAGAAGCGGAAAGAAAGAUGUCCACUACUACAGAUAUAUUUUUGGUUACUUGUAUAUGUAA